UCGCUUGGAUCAGAGGCCUACGGCCCUACAGUUGUUUUACUUGGGGAGUAUCAAAGAAUGAGUAGGUCUCGAUGCUGCGAGAAGGGGGGGCUGAAGAAAGGUCCCUGGACCCCUGAGGAUGACCAGAAGCUUUUGGCUUACAUCAAAGAACAUGGCCAUGGAAACUGGCGAGCUUUGCCCGCAAAGGCUGGGCUUCAGAGAUGUGGGAAGAGCUGUAGGCUGAGAUGGACCAAUUACCUCAGACCGGAUAUCAAAAGAGGAAAGUUCAGCUUGCAGGAAGAACAGACCAUCAUUCAGCUUCAUGCUCUUAUUGGGAACAGAUGGUCGGCAAUUGCAACUCACUUGCCCAAGAGAACCGACAACGAGAUUAAGAACUACUGGAACACACAUCUUAAGAAAAGACUAACUAAAAUGGGCAUCGAUCCCAUGACCCACAAGCCCAAAAAGGAUGCCCUCGGCUCCGUAAGUGGGGACUCCAAAGACGCAGCAAAUUUAAGCCACAUGGUUCAGUGGGAGAGGGCACGGCUCGAAGCCGAGGCCAGACUGGUAAGGGAGUCGAAGCUGCUUGUGUCCAACCCUAUUCAACAGCAGGUCAUCAUCUCCUCUGCUCCUGCUCAGAACAUCAACAAAACCCUCGCUCAACCUGCACUGCCACCAUGCCUUGACGUGCUCAAAGCAUUGCAACUGCAAGGGUUAUGGUCAAAGUCAACGGGAGCCAGCAUAUUCCCAGUCGCCGGAGACGACCUCGAGUCUCCGACAUUCACAUUGAGCUUGGCCGCCAAUAGCUCGGUUACAUGCGGGGUUGGGAUUAUCAGAGAAGUCUGUCAAAUGCCAGAAGAACUCAAAGAAAGAUGGGAUAACACAAUGCCAUCGCAGGAAAUGACGUAUACCACGGAAAGUGCGUGGUUUGCGGAUUCCUUUAGGGCUAUGAGUGAAAGCACGCCUCUCUCAAAUAUCGUGGAAGGUUUCACUGAUAUCUUGGCCUAUAACAGUGACGACAAGAACUCAUUUUUGGCCGGAGACAACAUAAUGGAAAAUGGAGAUAAAACCUGCAGCGGUAACUUUGAGGAGAAUAAUAAUACUUACUGGAACAGCAUACUCAAUCUAGUGAAUAAUCCUUAGUCGUCUGGUUCUCCUGUGUUUUGAAAUUUUCAAAAAAAAUAAAGAGAAAAAAGGCUAUCGAGAGGUACGUACGUAGCAGAUUAAUUAGUUGUUAUAUCAAAUGAUCAUGCUUACU